GUUGAUACCGGAUGUGUUUCCUCCCAGUCCAGCUUCCGGUUUGGGCCGCCGCAGCCGCGGAAGACUUCACUAGUUUUCUGAGUCCAUUGUGACCAUGGCUGCUGAGUCUGAUGUUCUACACUUCCAGUUUGAACAGCAAGGAGAUGUGGUCUUGCAGAAAAUGAAUCUUUUGAGACAGCAGAAUUUGUUUUGUGAUGUAUCAAUUUAUAUUAAUGACACUGAAUUUCAGGGGCACAAGGUGAUUUUGGCUGCUUGCUCCACUUUCAUGAGAGAUCAGUUUUUACUUACCCAAUCAAAACAUAUCAGAAUCACCAUCUUGCAGAGUGCAGAAGUUGGCAGAAAAUUGUUGCUCUCUUGCUAUACUGGAGCACUUGAAGUUAAAAGGAAAGAACUUUUGAAGUAUUUGACUGCUGCUAGUUAUCUUCAGAUGGUUCACAUUGUAGAAAAAUGCACAGAAGCUCUGUCAAAGUAUCUGGAAAUUGAUCUUUCUAUGAAAAACAACAACCAGCAUACUGACCUGUGCCAGUCCUCUAAUCUAGAUGUUAAGAAUGAAGAAGAAAAUUCAGAUAAAGAUUGUGAGAUAAUUGAAAUUUCAGAAGAUAGUCCUGUAAGCAUGGAUUUCCACAUUAAAGAAGAAGAAAGCAAUGCUUUACAGUCUACAGUAGAGAGCUUGACAUCGGAAAGAAGAGAAAUGAAGUCACCAGAGAUGUCUACAGUAGAUAUAGGCUUUAAAGACAAUGAAAUUUGUAUCCUUCAUGUGGAAUCAAUCAGUACAGCUGGUGUAGAAAAUGGGCAGUUUUCACAGCCUUGUACCUCUUCAAAAGCAAGCAUGUAUUUCUCUGAAACGCAGCAUUCACUGAUCAAUUCUACAGUUGAGAAUAGAGUGACAGAAAUUCCUGGGAAUCAAGGCCAGGGCAUAUUUUGUGAGAAUACUGAAGGAAGUCAUGGUACAGUGAAUGAGAUUCAGAAUCUUGAGGAGAGUUAUUCACUGAGACACCAGUGCCCCAGAUGCCCUCGAGGCUUUCUUCAUAUUGAAAACUAUCUGCGCCACCUUAAGAUGCAUAAACUUUUCUUGUGCUUACAAUGCGGAAAAACAUUUACACAGAAGAAAAAUCUCAACCGCCACAUUCGAGGGCAUAUGGGCAUACGGCCUUUUCAGUGUACUGUGUGCUUGAAAACAUUUACUGCCAAAAGCACCCUUCAGGACCACCUGAACAUACACAGUGGGGAUCGUCCAUACAAAUGCCACUGCUGUGACAUGGAUUUCAAGCACAAAUCUGCCCUCAAAAAGCACUUAACCUCUGUCCAUGGCAGAAGCAGUGGUGAAAAACUACCUAGGCCUGAUCUCAAAAGGCAAAAUCUACUGUAAUUAGAAUCACACACUUGCUACGUAAGCCUUUUAAUAUUCCUUUGACCAAGUCUUUCUGUAGAAAUGCAGCAUUUGUAAUAUUGCAUUUCCCCCCUUGUCUUUAGGUCUUAUUUUCGUCUGCCUAUACAUACUGGGAAACACUUGCGUCAUAGUGGUUAAGAGCUGUGGCUGCUAACCAAAAGGUUGGCAGUUUGAAUCCACCAGGUGCUUCUUGGAAACCCUAUGGGGCAGUUCUGUUCUGUCCUAUAGGGUUGCUGUGAGUCAGAACUGACUUGACAAUGGGUUUGGUUUUUGGUUUGGUAUACAUGUUAUUCUUUCGGAACUUCUAACAGUUCUAAGAUUGUGGGAGGCAUGAAGACGCUGAUGAGGUUCUCUUUGGCCUCAUGUGUUAUUUAUAAAUCCCAGUGGUAUAACUACAGAAAUAGUGUUCCUCUCUUAAAUAUUCUUGAUUCUAGUGACAGAAGGGGGUCCAACAGUAUUUCCAGAUUCUGAUUUGGAGUCUCUAGAUGAUUGAUUUAACUAAAUGUAAAAUUCAAAAUCUUUAAGGAAUCAGGAUAACAGGAAGAUAAUCAAUUUAAAAUCACAACUAUUAUCGGUUACUAGUCACUUUUAAAAGCUGAUAAAAGUAGUGUUUUUUGUUUUUUUUUUUUUACUUUUAACUAAUUGCUCUUGGAUUCUAAACUAAACAGAAAGGACCCUGUUGUUUAAACUGUAAAGGAACACAAUUCAGAUUCACUUGGGAGUAGCAGAAUUUCCUUAUACAUGGACUAAUAUUCCUUAAAAUAAUUUUAUUUCCUUGAGUUACAAGUAUACAUAUUUUAGAAGUGGUGAAUUGGGCCCAAGUUUCUUGAUUUUAUUUAAUACAGUUGCAUUGAAUAAUUUUGUGGCCAGUAAAAUUAUACUGUUGACAUGAAGCUCUGAAAAAUUACUUUUCUUAGAAAUUCUAAAUUUAUCAGUGAUGUGUUUUAUUGUUUCCUUUUUAUUUUAAUUAACAUGUAGUAAAAUUUACCUCUUUUUGGUGUAUAGUUCUGUGACUUUUAACAGAACAGUUCCAACACCCAGAAAUAUUCCCUCAUGCUGCCCCUUUGUAGUCAACCCUUCCUUCUAACCCUAACCUCCGGCAACCAGUGAUGAGUUCUCCGUUGUGAUAAUUUUGCGUUUUCCAGAUGUUAUAUAAAUGGAAUUAUAGCUGCUAACUGAAAGGUCGGCGGUUCCAACCACCACCUGCUCCGUGGGAGAAGGAUGUGGCAGUUGGCUUCUGUAAAGAUUUACAGCCUUGGAAACCCUAUAGGGCAGUUCUACUUUGUCUUAUAGGGUCGCUAUGAGUAUAGACUCAAUGGCAAUGGGUUGUUUUUUUUUUUGGUUUAACCUUUUGAGACUUUUUUUUUACCAUUCAUAUUGUGUGUACCAAUGGUUCCUUCCUUUUUUUAUUAUUACUUUUGAAUCCGCAUUAUAUGUUAAUUUUCUAGCUAUCACUGGAUGAACAGUUUAAACAUGAGUAGCUUAUUAGUGGCCUCUUAAAUUUUAGUUACAGUUUUUUUCAUUUACAUUGAUGUGAUUGUCAUCUGUCACGUGUUGACAAAAAAUCUCAACCGUCCCUAGAGUUUUAUUCUCUAUUUCCAGAAAUGUGCCAAAAGCAAAACCAUGAUUGUAUGGUUACCUCAGUGAGAGUAAAAUUUCAGAUUGUGUUAUGAGCUGUUGCUGUCUAAUAUCCCUAUCUACAUAUAAUACAAAACUCUUUUUGUUGUUAGAACGAAGAUUAAAAUAUACUGCAGGGAAAAUCAUAUUCUCUAAACACAGGAAUUACUUUCAGUAAAAAAGCCUGACAUGGAUACAUCUUACUUGGAAGAUGUUCUAUUCCUUCUCUGCUUACCUCAAUUUUAUGUAGAAUUUCUGCUAUAUUUAAUUUCUAUUGAAGCCCUGUCAUAUUUUCAUAUGUAAUAUACUUUGUACCAUUUAUAAGAAUUUUACUGGUGAAAAAUCAUGUUGAUUUUUAUGAAUGUUAAAUAUCCUUCUUGUGAUACCUUUGUUAAAAAUAUACCCUGCAUAGAAUUUUAACUCUGGAGUAGACUUUAGAGAAUCCAACUUUCAUAUUUUACAGAUGAGAAAACUAACUUUAUGACGCAGGUCGCUAGUUAGUGACAUCAGGUCACUCUCCUUGAGUUUCUCUUAACUUCAUAUGUAAAGUAAUAGUUUAGGUCUUGAUAAUUUCUACAGUUUUUUCCAGGUCUAAAAAUCUAUGAUUUUAUAUUUAAUUCUUGCCAAGUUCCUGAGAACAGAGAAGGGAGAAAAGCAAGAGAAGAGAGUUUUGGGUCUUUAUGAAAAUUGGUAUUUGAGUACUCUAUUGGAGACAGAAUUAUUCUAAAGUAUAUGAUGUUUUUCUUCCACUGGAGAACAUGAUAGCUCGGUACUUAAUUUUCUUUCCUAUUUUACUUAUGAUUGGCCAUUUGUAGGCAUGGAAAUCUGUCCCUUUCAGAAGUAGUUUACUUGUGAUUGUUUUUCUUAUUUUUGCUUCCUAGGAUGAAAUUUUUGGAGGGAGGGGUGUAGGUGGGAGGGAGAGGGCAAAAUAAGAGUAAUAAAUGGUUUUUUAAGAAACUUGUAUCUGCUAUCUUGGAUGUUUAAAACAAUUCACCAUUGAAACUAUGUUUAAAUUUUAUGUGUGCCUUGUAAGAUUGUUGUGAAAUUUUUUUGUAAUGCACUUUGAGACUUGUGUGUGGGGGAGGGUUGUGUUGUGAAAGUGAUGGAUGUUAUUUAUUAUUAUUUAUUUCUGUUCAGUAGCACAGAGUGAUCUCAAAACAUUCCUAGAAGAGUGUCUGUUGGCAUGAUGUGUCUAAACAAUUUCAGGAAAAUGGAAUCUUUUUUUAAAAUGCAGGUAUGGCAAACUAUAGAAUUUAUUCAUUUAAAAUAUUCUCUUUUGUCUACGUUUCUGAUAUUAAAGAAACUGCAAGAUAUGUUUGAGUUCAAGCCCUUCCUUUACUGCAUUUAUGUAUAAAAGAUCAUGAAGAGGUAGUUGUUACAUUGUUGUAAGAAAAACCUUCUUUCUUUGGAUGUAAUUAUCAUGUCUUUACAUAAGAAAUAAUAAACUGGAGGUGGGAAUAGAGGGCUUUGUGUUUUGUCUACUGUCUGAAUUUUAAAGAAGGAAACAAUUUCUCCUGGCUAUUCAUUUAAUCAGGAGCCUAGUGGGGCAGUGGUUAAAGUGCUCAGCUGCUAACUGAAAGGUUGGCAGUUCAAACCCACCAGCCGCUCCAA